AUGACCGCCAGCAAGAGUCGAGAUGGCUCUCCACCGACGAAGCAGGGUACCUUUACUUGCUUGACAAUCAUGGUUGGCUCUGGAUUGAUUGGGUUGUUGGCCGUCGCCUUUCAGAUAUCAUUUGCAAAGGCGGUGGAAGUCGACGUCAAAGUCGAUGCUUACACCAACACAGUUGAAUCGGACUGGACGACUGUUUACUACUCAAAUAACAAUCCUCUACUCAUUGGAAACGAUGGAGGGCCUGACAAGGGGGGUUUUCAUGUCUACGACCUCACCUCCAAGUCUCCCCUACGAGAAGUGACGGCUCAAACACCAGGGCGCAGCAAGCUUGUUACUACAGUGUACGAUGUAGAUGACAAAGAUGUUCUCGUUACCAUUGCGCAGCCAGACUCUGUGCUUCGGGUGUACGAGAUGCCCGAGUUCAAACAGAUCAAAGAUGCCGACUUUAAAGUACUGGGCGAUUGGUCUGCUCUGUGCAGUUGGAAAAGCCCUACUGGGAAUGACUACGUUUACUUGUUUGGAAAGGGCCAAGCAGUCCAGCUAUUGUUGCGAGCAACCAAAAAGUCACUUGAGUUUGUCGAGAUCCAAACAUUUCCCACCGACUUUGAGACGUCUGGUUGUGCUGCGUCACGCUCUGAGUCUCGCAUGUACAUUUCAACAGACGAUGACAAAAACGUUUAUUCAUUCUCUCUCAAGGAAUCUAUAGGAGCGCCCAAGAUCGCUAAAGUCGGCAAGGCAGAAGACGACGUGACCGGCCUGGCUGUCUACGCGCCCAAGAAGGGAUCAGACUAUUUUUUUGUUGCCCAAACAGACAAAAUCGCCGUCUACGAUCAAUCUUUCAAGCUCAAAGGAACUUUGUCAUUGAGCGGAUUUGAGGACAUCGAAGUCCAAGGUCUGAACAUUUAUCAAGGCUCAACGGACAAGUAUCCUGCCGGUGCUCUUACCUACGCCCUUGAGUCAGAAGAAGUCAACGGCUUUGGUGUCUCAUCACUCGAAACAACCUUGAAGAAGCUCAAAAUUGAAUCCAACACCAAGUAUGACCCAAGAAAGCUUAAGAGUGAGCCUGAAAAGGAGCCAAUUUGCAAAACAUGUGGAGGCAAUGGAUACUGCGUCAAAGACAAGAAGCAAAAGUGCGAAUGCUUCUCUGGCUUUACUGGAAAGACUUGCAGCAGCUUCACUUGCGUCGACAACUGCUCUGGCCAUGGAAAAUGCGUUGGUGCAAACAAGUGUAAAUGCGACAAGGGAUGGGGUGGUCUGCACUGCUCAUUCGUCCUCGUUGAGCCGACAUACGAGACAGAGUCGAGACCCGGUGAUGGUGAUGAUCCUGCCAUUUGGAUAUCUCCCGAGGGUCCAGAGAAGUCUCGUAUCGUUACAACCAUGAAGUCUGGAAAAGAAGCUGGUCUCGGUGUGUUUGAUCUGAAGGGCAAUCUUGUUCAGACUUUUUCUGCGGGCGAACCCAACAACGUGGACAUGAUAUAUGGCUUCAAGGCAGGCGAUCGCAAGGUUGAUCUUGCUUUUGCUGCGUGUCGAGCUGAGGACACUCUAUGUCUCUUUGAGAUGCUUCCCAACGGAACACUGACCGAUAUCCCCGGCGGUUCUCACCCUGUUGUCGAAGAUUACAAAGUUUAUGGCUCGUGUACAUACCGUUCACCCAAGACAGGAAAGCAGUAUCUCUUUGUCAACGAGAAAUCAGCACGAUAUCUCCAGUACGAACUCACGUCCACAUCUAAAGGAGAACUCCAGACGAAGCUUGUGCGAGAGUUCCAAGGUGGCAGUGGUGGGCAAGUGGAAGGUUGUGUCACCGACGAAGAGAAUGGUUGGAUCUUUCUCGGUGAGGAGCCUUCUGCUUUGUGGCGAUAUGGUGCUGAGCCAGACUCCAAGGACGAGGGAGUUGUUAUCGGCAAAGUAGGCGACGGAAAGCUCUACGGAGACGUCGAGGGCGUGACGCUGGUCUACGGAUCAAAGGCCGAUGAGGGAUACAUCCUGAUGUCCUGCCAGGGCGUUAGCGCAUACAACGUUUACCGUCGAGCCGAGCCUCACCAAUAUGUAACGACAUUUACUCUUGUCGAAUCAUCCGAUGGGAAGAUUGACCCUGUAUCCAACACAGAUGGUAUAACAGCUGUGGGAACAGCACUAAGCAAGGAUUUCCCUCAUGGGUUGGUCGUUGUACACGACGAUGCCAAUCAGCUGCCGAACGGGAAGACCAGCGCAGAGGCAAGCUUCAAGAUGGUUAGCCUCGAGAAGAUCCUCGGGACCAAGGUUCUGGGGAAGAAGGGUCUGCUGGACCAAGUUGACAAGAACUGGGAUCCCAGAAAGUAG